AUGACAGUAAAACAUCCCCAUGUCUGCAAAAAAGGAGUCGCUGAAUGCACCGACGAAAUCUGUACAGCUGCUGGAGAGGAAUGCACAGGCACUCAAGAGUACAUUGAUUGCCUGGAAUGCCAGCGUGAAUGCACCAACAUCCAUCUGGCCUGCAAUGCCAAGACUUGCACCGCGGGAUGCGGGUGCGGCGUGGGCAAAGUGCGGAACGAGGACGGGACGUGCAUGGACGAGGAUCAGUGCCCGUGCUACUACAACGGGCACAGCUACCAAGUGGGCGAAUCGUUCAGGAAGGACUGCAACUUAUGCGUUUGCACACCAUAUGCUAUUUAUUGCCAGAACAAGGUUUGUCCAGCUACCUGCAGAGGUUAUGGGGAUCCCCAUUAUGUGACAUAUGACGGUAAACAGUAUGAAUUUCAAGGGGAUUGCAGCUACGUCCUCACCAGCAACAACUGUGGCACGGGCGACACUGGUGAUGUAAGCUUCACCGUGAUCGUAGAGAACGUGCCUUGCGGGUCAGGCAAGGUGACCUGCACCAAGGCCAUCACCUUCCUCCUCUUGGACGUAGAGAUCCGAUUGAUACGCGGCGAUGACCCGCUUGUCAUCCCAGCACCGCCUGCUCCAACUCAGGCCGUCUACAGAUUCGUCUACAGCGGGAUCUUCUUCAUCGUCAACACUGGUUACGGCAUUACAUUGAUGUGGGAUUUCGGCACGUCGAUUUAUGUCACCUUAGACGGGAAGUAUCAAGAAACGGUCUGCGGUCUCUGUGGCGAUUUUGACUGCAAUGCCGAGGACGACUUUAGGUCCCGCUCGGGUGAAGUUGAAGCCACAGCCAACAUCUUUGGGCACAGCUGGAAGACGGACGAGAGUUGUAAACUGCCGCCGGAUAUCAUUCAUCCGUGCGAGGAACACCCGGAGAGGAAGAACUGGGCGGAGUUUGCCUGUGGAAUUAUCAAGAAACCCAUCUUUGAACUCUGUCAUGAUUUGAUUGAUCCGACCACAUACUACGACAACUGCGUCUACGAUAGCUGCGGCUGUGACCGGGGCGGCGAUUGCGAGUGUCUGUGUACGGCCAUCAGUGCCUAUGCCUCGGCCUGCAACUCCGUGAACGCACCGGUACCUUGGCGAUCUGACGGAAAUUGCGGUCUUCAAUGUGAUAACGGCAUGAACUAUCAGCCGUGCGGGGAAGUCUGUCCCGAUACGUGCUACGUGGAGGAGACGUCAGCGAACAGUGGCUGUGAAGUCUCUUGCGUGGAGGGCUGCCACUGCCCAGAAGGAUUCAAGCUUUACAAGGGGGAAUGCGUCGACGUUGUACGGUGCCCGUGCUUGUACAAUGGCCAGGAGGUGAAUCCUGGCUUUGUUAUCAUUGUGGAUUGCGAGCGAUGUGAAUGCACCGAUGGUGAUAUGGUCUGUACUGACGAACCUUGUACAACACCAAUGACUACUGUGAGUGUCACCCCACCAUGCACCUGCCCACCCGACGAGUUUGCAUGCCGUGACUGCUCCGCUUGCCUGCCCUACGAAGAAGUAUGCGAUGGUGUGAGCAACUGCCAGGAUUCCUCCGAUGAAGAGAACUGCGAGUGUGUCUACGGAGACAAGGUUUAUCCGGUAAGGACCCAAUUGCCUAAUGCAAAAUCAUCAGCAAUUAAAUACGUGUAA